UGAUGUUGUCCUUUCAUGUCAUUAUGUCAAUUUGGUUUACACAGAAUUUCCUCAAAAUAUCGUCGUGAGCAGUGACACUGUAAAAUGGAGGCCGUUCCUCGGAUGUGUAUGUUAAGUUUGGAGUUAAAAUGGAGUCUGGAAAAGGUAGAAUUUGGUCCGAUUCUGAAACAGUACAUUCAGAAUCACUACAUGGAAGACGCCAAUAAGUACAAUGAUGAAAUUAAGCAGAUUGAUCAACUUAGAGUGAAUGCCACAAAUGUGACCAGAGACUUCAACGGAAUAAGCACCCUGAAGAAAUACUACGGCCAACUUCAUCUGCUCACAAGUAGAUUCCCAAUAACGGAUGGUGGGGAAGCUGCACCUGUCUUCACAUGGAUUGACACAUUCCAUGAGGAGCCGUUCUCUCACGCAGAUGCCACUUUUGACCAAGCUUGCAUCUUGUAUAAUCUUGGAGUCCUCCACUCUAUCUUGGGUGCCAAAGAGUCACGAGGGACGGAGGAGGAGAUGAAGGUUGCCUGCACCCAUUUCCAGUGUGCAGCCGGUGCCUUUGGUUAUCUUAAGGAUCACUUUCAGAGUUACAUGAGUCCAGACAUCUCAUUUGAUCUGAUGACCAUCUACAUCAACCUUAUGCUGGGUCAAGCUCAGGAGUGUCUACUAGAGAAAUCCAUGCAGGAUAAUCGCAAGAGUUCCCUGGUAUCCCGCAUUAGUAUGCAGGUUAUAGAUUACUACCGGCUAGCUUUAAGAGGGUUGGAGGACAGUAACAUCAGCAGUCUGAUGGGAUCAAGACGUAGUAAGACAUGGAAGAAGACUCUUCAAGUUAAGAUCAGCCAUUUCCUCAGUGUGGCAUAUACUUAUAUGAGCAACCAAGCGUUUGAGCAGCAGAAACACGGAGAAAGAGUUUGUUGGCUGCAGCAAGCCUCAGACAGACACAACGAAGCCAUGAAAAUGUCAAAGGGAGUGCAUGAUACUAUCCUACAAGCUCUUAACUUCACCAAAGAUGUGGUAGUGGGGAAAUUUCAGGCUGCCAAGAAAGACAACGAGUUUGUUUAUCACGAAGCUGUGCCGGUGUUUGAGAAUAUUCCAGAGAUCAAAGGUGCAUCUCUAGUCAAAGCUCUGUCAUUCCAGCCGUAUGAUGAGAGUAUCUCGGGACCAGACAUCUUCAAGAAACUGGUCCCGAUGGAAGCUCAUGAAGCCUCAUCGCUAUACAGCGAGGAGAAAGCCAAGUUGUUGCGGAGGAUAGGGGAUGAUAUGGAGCAAAAGACAAAACACCUGGAACAGUUCAUGGCAUCUUUGCAACUGGACCAGCUAAAGCUGAACGCAUCGGAAGAACCAGAGAGACUCCCACAAGCCUUACUAGAAGUGUGUGCUGCCCUCAGUGUCAAGAAUGACCCAAUUAAAAAGCUUGUUAGCUGCAUGCAAGAGUUAUCGAAUGUCGUUCUUGACGUUGAUUGCGACGUCAAAGAAACCCAAGAGCUCCUUGAUGAAGAGGACAAACAAGACGCUGAUUUCCAGAAACAAUUUGGAAAGCAACCCAGCAGCAGUAAGGUAAUGACUGAGAUCCAACAUGAGUUUGGUAAAUACAAGGAAGGACAUAGCAAGGCAAGCAAGUCUAAUGAGGAGCUGCAUAAAGCUAUGGAGGUUCAUAUUGGGAAUAUACGUGUACUAGCUGGACCACUGGAAGAGAUUCAAGCAGCGCUACCAUCACUCAAGAAUUCUAUCACUCCUGAAGAUAAAGAAGCAGAGUCUAAACUGAUCAUGCUCAUUAACAAAGUGGAGGAAAUGAAGAACCAACGAACGACCCUGGAGGCUCAGCUGAGGGAACAGCUGCGCAAGGAUGACAUCACUAGCAGGAUUGUGACUACAGAGGGCGCUAACUUAAAGGAGAUGUUUGGAGAUGAGCUACAGAAGCACAAUGGUCAUGUGACGUACAUUGAGCAGAAUCUUGCAGCUCAAGAGAACAUCCUGAAAGCGUUGACCGAAGCCAAUGCUGCAUAUGCUGAUACUAGAAAGAUGACUGCUGAACUCACAAAGAAACGUGGAGACAGGAUAGAUGAGUUGAUAACCUCUUGUACGGUUUACGACGACCUCUUAGCCAAGUCUCACAAGGGAAUUGAUUUCUAUAAGAAGCUUCAGAUUGGAGUGCAGAAACUCCUCCAAAGAACCCAAGCCGUGGUCCAGAAAAAUCAGGAAGAUCGAAUCAAUAAGAUGGAGAGGUUCAAACCCAAACCAGUUCCUACAAGACCAACUGCACCAAAGCCACUAUCUGCUGUUGAUCCAACACCCGCUGGACCAAGGCUAUCAGACUUCUGGAAACCCAAGUCAGCCAAGGCAGGAGUAGGUGACAUUCCUCCAUCAGCCAUGAUGUCUGGUCCAGGAUCCCUGGAACGUCAUUCAAGUUUUGGAGGAGCUCCGACAGCAGCAGUUCCUCCUCAAGGUGUGGCAAGACAUUCAAGUUUUGACUCUGCCCCUUCAUCAUUGGGCAAUCAAGGACUGCCGGGACAGCCUGCUAGGUUUGGACAGCUUGGAGGCGGCUCGGUUCAGCCAGGAGGUUAUGACCAAUCUAGAAUGCACUCAAUAUCUCCAUCUGCACCGAUGCAGCAACCUGGUGGCCAAUCACAGCCCCAACAGCCUAUGAUGUCACAGCCAUCCAGCCUAUCACAGCAGCAACCGAUGAUGUCACAGCCAGGCAGCCACUCCCAGCAGCAGCAGCCCAUGAUGUCACAACCUGGCAUCCAGUCACAACAACAGCAGCCCAUGAUGUCACAACCUGGCAUCCAGUCACAACAACAGCAGCCCAUGAUGUCACGACCUGGCAACCAAUUACAACAGCAACCCUCUCAGACACCGAUGGCCUCGCAGCCUGAUGUCCAGCAACGGAUAAUAUCCCAGCAGAGCCAGCAGCCAGUGAUGCCUAACAGCAGACCUCAAAUGCCGCCACCUAUGGUUCCGCAAACUGUCGAUCAGCCUCAGGCUCAACAGUCAAACCCAAAUCUCUAUCACCCUCAGCUGAUGCAGGCCAUGCAUUCACAACAACAACAACAGACAUACACAGUAGCCAGCUCGAAUUCACGUCAAAAUAUCCCUCAGCCCUCGGUUCCUCCAUCUAAUGCCUCAAGUACCCUCCAACCUCAUAGUAGCUUUCAAACCAUUGGCAUGCAGGCACAGCCUCAUGCAUCAACAGCCAUGGUCAGCAGUAUCACUGCCCCCAUCUCAUCGCCAAUCACUCAAAUACAGGGCCAUCAGGUACCUCCACAGGGCCACCAGGUGGCUCCACAGCAUCAGGUGCCUCCACAGCACCAGGUGCCUCCACAGGGCCAUCAGGUACCUCCACAGGGCCACCAGGUGGCUCCACAGGACCAGGUGCCUCCACAGCACCAGGUGCCUCCACAGGGCCACCAGGUGCCUCCACAGGGCCACCAGGUGCCUCCACAGGGCCACCAGGUGCCUCCACAGGGCCACCAGGUGCCUCCACAGGGCCACCAGGUGCCUCCACAGGGCCACCAGGUGCCUCCACAGGGCCACCAGGUGCCUCCACAGCCUCCACAGCACCAGGUGCCUCCACAGGGCCACCAGGUACCUCCACAAGGUCACCAGGUACCUCUACAAGGCCACCAGGUUCCUCCACAGGGCCAUCAGGUACCUCCACAGGGCCACCAGGUGCCUCCACAAGUCCACCAGGUACCGCCUCAAGGCCACCAGGUGCCUCCACAACACCAGGUGCCUCCACAGGGACAUCAGGUGCCUCCACAGGGUCAACAGGUACCUCCACCACAAGGCCACCAGGUGCCUCCACAAGGCCAUCAGGUGCCUCAACAGGGCCAUCAGGUACCUCAACCACAAGGCCAUCAGGUACCUCCACAAGGACACCAGGUACCUUCACAAGUCCAUCAGCAACAGUUUGGAACAUCUCAGCCUGUCCCCCGAUCCCAGCCUCCUGAGAUCCCGCAAGCCAAUACUUACCCUCAGCAGCCAAAUAUCCCACCACAAGGUAGUCCCUCACAUUUGCCAUAUAUGGUGCAGCAACCUCAGCAGCCUAUACAACCUUCAGGCCAACCUCAGCCUAGACAUCCCAGUGGGCCUCAGCAGCACACCUCCGGUCCCAUGAAUUUUCAGCAAGGUGGAGUGCCACAACCUAGUAUGCCAAGGUUUCAGAAUCAGCCACCAAACCCCCAGGUCAAUCGAACACCCACCGCAAGUCCUCAACACAGGCCGGUACAAGCUUACCAACAACCUGGAGCUCCUGGUCAACCAAGUCCUCAUCAAGUGGGACAGCCACAGUUUGGUCAAGUCAAACCCAACCAGCAGACACCAACAGCUAGUCCACAGCAUAGGCCUACUCAACCAGGACAAAGCUUCACUCAAGGAUCUCAGCAACCAGGAUUUAGACAGGCAGUUCCCCAGCAUCAAACCCAUCAUCAACAACAACCUUUCAAUCAAGCUAGAUAUGAAACACCCAGUUCUCAAGGAAGCCCAGUCAGACAAACUCCCCAAAACUUUCCUCAAGGUCAAGGGCAGCAGGGGUCCUACAUGCAAGGUCAACCACAACAUCAAGCUUUCCCUGGACAAGCUCAGCCUCCACGCAAUCAACAAGCCACCUACAACACUGGGGGAAUGCAACCAGUCAACAGUGGACAACAGUCUGGUUACGUGGGACAACCUCCCAACUCAGCUGGACAGUCCGGUCCUCCAAGGAUGGUACAGCCACCACCUCCCCAAAGCCAGCUCUACCAACAGUCUGUAGGACAGGCCUGGCCUCAGACCCAACCAGGAUCAAUACCACAGCAACCAAACUCAAAUCAACUGCAGCAACAGGCUUCUCCAGGACACCCACUCCAACAGCCUUACAGACCACAAUCGCAGCCUCAGCAAGGUAGUCAGUUUCCAGUAGCUCCUGCAAAUCAGUUACCACCUCAAAGAUUCAGCCAGACUAAUCAGGCGAUGCCACAGCCUGGUAUGAACCAAUCAAAUCAAAGGAUUUCACCUGCAGGAGGCCCUCCGAACCAGCCAUUCCAACAGCCAUCAAAGCCCCCUCUGAACCAGGUACAGCAGGUGAACAAAGCGUUGAAGGAGGAGCAGGGACGCUUGCCACAGCCCUCGUUGCAACCAGUCAAGAUAGAACCUAGUGCCUGUGAUCUUCUCUCGACGAGCCCUGACAACGAGCAGAAAUCUCUUGGGCAGCCGCUCGUACCAGAAACACAACCCUCCGAGACAGCGUCCGAGGAGGGGGACCUCUCCGAGACCCAACCCGCCGCACAGCCCCAGUCGUCCAGUGAGGCAGCACUUUCUGGUAUUUUCAUACAAUCUGGAACUCCAGGAGCUCCUGGUAAACCAUCGGAUUCUCCAGAUGCAAUCUCCCGUUCCGUGGUUACCCCUCCCAUCAGCAAACCAGCGACACCAGAGGGCUACUCUGUCGCAACACGCCCCUUCCCAAAGAUCAAAGAUCCGUACGAUGACAAGCCGACGCUGGAGAAGUUUAUUGAGGAGGUUGAGAGGUUUGAGAAGCAUGUUGAUGGUCUUGGAAAGCAGAUGCUGAGUGGACCAAUAGUAUUGGAUGGACUGUGGAAGGAAUUAACUGAGGCUCAAGACCGGGAUACCAGGCAAUACUCCAUCGCUGUGGCACGGUGCUACUCCAUCAAGAACCGGUACCCAGACUCCAUGCCAUAUGAUCAUAACAGAGUGAAGUUACAUACAGGGAAAGAUGAUUACAUCAACGCAAGCUUCAUCAAUGAUCUAUCUCCUGCGUCACCGCCAUUCAUCGCGACUCAAGCUCCGUUGCCAACCACUUAUAACGACUUCUGGCUUAUGGUCUAUGAGCAACAGGUGUCUCUGAUUGCUAUGCUGGUUUCUCAGGCACCCACCGCUAAGAGUAAAGCUGAAUUCAAUCAGUACUGGCCAGAAGACCGCGGUCAAGUCAAGACGUACGGAUCCAUCCUAAUCAGUAUGCAGAGCCAACGAUCUACGGACUAUCACACCGAGAGAACAUUUCAUCUGAUUCAUAAGGAAACCAGACAGGAGAGAACAGUCUUUCAGCUGCAGUUUACUUCCUGGCCAGAAUUCGGUGUGCCAAAUAAACCAACCGAUGUUUUACAGUUCAUAAGUGAAGUGAACAGUUAUUACAAGCAGCAGAGAAGUCCAAGCACUCCAAUUGUCGUACACUGCAAUUCUGGAGUCGGGCGAACGGGGAGCUUCUGUCUGAUUUACUCGGCUGUCCAAGAGAUUAUGUGCGCAGGAGGAGUUGUUGAUAUUCCAAGACAGGUCAAGACAUUGAGACAACAGAGAAGAGGGAUGGUAGCUGAGAAGGAGCAACUCAAGUUUUCGUACAUAGCAGUCAUGUGCUUCGCUCAGCAGGUUCUUUCAAAACGAGGUAUAUCCACCAAGCCCUCGAUGACCUCACCCCACGUCGACCAGAAACACCCUCAGCGACUGACCUCAUUUGAUGCCAUCAUGGGCGUCGACUCAGUCACUAGUCUCCAGACAAGGAUCUCCAAAAUGUCUGUCAGGAGUGUGAGUCUAGAGUCGGUGCCUGCGGUGGAGGCUACCUCCCAAGAUGCCCUCAUAGACCCCGGGUCGUUGUCGCCUGUUUGCGACGACGAGGUACUACCUCAUGGAGGUAACGAGGCUGAUGGUGACCCAGCUCUAGAGGUAUUUAAUAAUAUGACCUCUCCACCAACAACUCAAACAGACACAACAAACGGACUCAUUCUAAACCUUUCAGAUAUCCAGUGUGCCGAUACCGAGCAGACUUCAUCCAAUGUUGCCAUGGUGACACAAGCCCCGCCCUCUCUAGUGGAGUUCACUAAAUCCAAUCUGACUGAUUUUAGUGUGAACGCCCAGCACUUCAUCCCGGAUGUAGUGGAGUCAAGUCAGCAAGAAGGCGGGGAACCAAACCAGGGGUCUGAGAGCACCGAUGGGUCCUUGCCUUCAAUCUUAGCCGACCUUACACCACAGAACUUCAGCAUCAAAGGAAUGAGUAAACAGCGGGUCUCUAAAGCGGACUUUUACAGCAAGAAAAGCAGUAUAGGAGCGGGGAGUUCAGAAGCUGACCCCCUAAGCUCACUAGAUCCUCUAUGGACGAUAAAAAACAAAGAGGACACGGAAAGUGCUCCCUAGCUAAUAAAGUUUUGAAAUAUUUUAUGAUGAGGAUGAGGAAGGUUCUUAUGUAAUUAUUAUUUACACCAUGAACAGAUAAAACAUGUUAGUUGUGAUUGCACUGCAGCUUGUAUUUAAAAAAAAACUAUAUAGCUUGCAUUCACAAAUUUAAAAAAGUGUUCUUUUGCUCUCACGAAAUACACACAUUUUAUAGUAAAUUAUUGCUAUUACUGUGCCUUCAAGAUGCGACGUCGGCCACAGCUAUGGCUAGAUCAGCCACAGCUAUGGCUAGAACAGCCACAGCUAUGGCUAGAUCAGCCACAGCUAUGGCUAGAUCAGCCACAGCUAUGGCUAGAUCAGCCACACCUGCCUCUUCUUGAACACUUUGCAGACGCGCUUAUCCAGCCAAAGUUGGUGUUUCGGACAAGGCCGAAGCUUAGACCAAAUCAUCACCUGAAUAACAUGUAUUUGUUCUGUAAACUUUGUUGUAAAAGCAUUAAGCAAUGUUACACUCGCCAGCAAUCUGUCUUGUAUGUAUCAACCUGUAUGUGCAGUCGUUAAUUGGAGACUAAUUGUUUAAUGUUUAAUUUUUUAGACAUGAAAUUUAUGUAUCGUUUUGGGGGCUAAAACUUCACUUUAACAGUGAAACAUUUUGCUGAAGCGUUCACAAAGUAUGAAUUUUAUAGAAAUCUCACGAAAUGUACAGAUUGGAUUAUUAAUCUUGGAGCAAAGUUGAGUAUAUUAUUUGCAGUCGUAGAAUUAAACCAAAUAUGGAAAAAAUAAUAUGUUCAGAAAUUGAUUUGACCUCACCGGACAUUUUUUGGGAAAAUUAAGUUUGUUUUAACUCUUUUAAUUGGCAUUUAUCACAUUAUUCCGAUCGACCAUUUAUUUCAGAUAUCUGAUUGAGCCUAAAUUAAAGCAUGUGUUCUGUACAUAAAUACAUUUUUCUACGUCAUGUGUAAAUAUUCAUCGCAUAUUCAAAUCAAUAAACUGUAAUUACAUGUAUGAUCAAACCCUACAAUACCCCAUAA